CGUGACACGGAAUACAUAUUCACAUAACAAACGUCAGCUGUUCUGUCAAUCAGAUGUCAUUGUCAAAUGCGAAUUUGGGGUAGUGAAAUCAACAAACUUGGCAAAAAAUAAUAAACAGGCUUAAAAUCAAAGCAUCUUAAAAAUAUCGACAAUAUUUAAAAACAAUGAUACAUUGUUAGUAUAUUAAAAGUUUAAAAAUGGCAGCAGCCUUUCAGCAGCAGAUAUUUGCACUCGAUGCACGAUUUAAUGCGUACAGAGCGCCGGGGAAUCCAAAUUUUAAAACACUGUAUAUUCGACGACGCAGUCAACUUUUAAGAGAAAAUGCGAAAUUUAAGGACAUAGAAACUAUAAAGAAAUACAUUAACAUCAGAAGUCAGUUGCUGCAGAAGAGAUAUGGAGUUCAAGAUAACAUUUCAAUCAGCUCUUCAUCUUCCCGAGCCAGGUCUAGCAGUAAGGCAAGCUUAGCAGUUGAUGAAUUAUCUGGCAGUUCAAAGAAGAAAAAUGACCUAACAAUAUCAGAAAACUACGCUUUUACUGGAGUUCAUCAUAUUUUUGAUCAGCAUAGUGAUGAGGUGAGUGUAGUUAAAUUCGCAAACAACGACCGCUCGAAGCUGUGCUGUGCAUCGCGCGACGGCACUGUGUCUAUCUGCGAUGUGACGGCGACCCCGCCACGUGUCUCUGUUAUACUGGAGGGACACACCGAUGCUGUCACUGACUGCGACUGGUCUGCGUCUAACGAGCUGGUAGUGACGUGUGGACUGGACGGCGCACUUUGUGUGUGGGACGUGGCGCGACGCCGGCGGUUGCGCGAGGCUCGCGACCA